AUGCAGCGUAGUUCACCAUCAUGUAAAAGCCAUUGGAUUGUUUUCUGUGUCUUGCCACGUUGGGAGCAUGCACUAAUCCACAUUCCAUAUCAAAAGAAAAAAAAGAUGGGAAAAUCAGGCUACUCAAAGCUUCACAUCGCCAUGUUUCCCUGGGUUGCAUAUGGUCAUUUCAUCCCCUUCCUUCAUCUCUCAAAUAAGUUGGCUCAUAAAGGCCAUCAAAUUUCCUUCAUUUUGCCUAAAGGAGUGCAACCAAAGCUGGAAAACAUGAACCAAUACCCCAACUUGAUUCAAUUCGUCCCUCUAGUUAUACCUCAUGUCGAUGGCCUCCCUCCAGGUGCUGAAACUACAUCUGUUGUUCCUCUGAACCAACAAAAAUACCUUGCUUUUUCUGUAGAUCAAACCAGGGACCAAGUUGAAGGCAUCCUAGGGGCUUUAAAACCUGAUAUGGUUUUUUAUGAUUUCUGGUUUUGGAUCCCAGACUUGGCUCGCCAACUUGGGAUCCAGCCCAUAUUCUAUGUAGUGGUUUCCUCGAUGAUCAUGUCGUUAGGAUCAAACAUCAGGACGCUAACCAAAGAAAUGACUGUAGAAGAGGUGACGAAAUUGCCUCCCGAUUACCCUUCUUCCACUGUGAAAUUCAAAGCUGAAGAGGCUGCUGCUCUGUUGUUUGAGGCUGAGGAUUUCGGGAGUGGACUGUCGUUUGGGGAACGGAUAAGGACUGCUGUGAGUGGAAGUGAUGCCAUUGCCUUCAGGACUUGCCGUGAAACCGAGGGACCAUUUUGCGACUAUGUUGCUCGAGGAUUUGGGAAGCCUGUUUUGUUGUCAGGGCCUUGCUUGCCUGAAACAAAGACCCAACAGCUUGAUGAGAAAUGGGUUAGCUGGUUAAGCCAGUUCGAGCCAGGUUCUGUUGUGUUUUGCUCUUUAGGAAGCCAGAGUGUGUUACAGAAGGACGAGUUCCAGGAGUUGUUGCUUGGCUUUGAGCUAUGUGGGCUUCCAUUUUUGUUAGCUUUAAAGCCACCCCAAGGAUGCUCAACUGUUGAAGAAGCACUGCCGGAGGGGUUUCAAGAUAGGGUUGGAGGAAGAGGGUUGGUGUAUGGAGGUUGGGUUCCACAAGAGCAGCUAUUGCACCACCCUAACAUCGGCUGUUUCGUUAACCACUGUGGGUAUGGAACGAUGUGGGAGUUUUUGCUUAGUGACUGCCAAGUGGUGUUGAUACCUGAAAUAGGGGAUCAAAUUUUGAACACCAGGUUGAUGGCGAAUGAACUCAAGAUUGGGGUGGAAGUGGAGAGAGGUAAAAACAGGGAGGUUCCAAAGGAGUCAUUGAGUGAAGCCAUCAAGUUUGUGAUGGACAAGGACAAUGAAACAGCUAAUAUGAUGAAGAGAAACCAUGCUAAGCUGAAGCAAAUGCUAUCUAACAGGGAUCUUCAAGAAGGAUAUAUCAACAAUUUCAUUCAAGCUCUGCAAGAUUUGUCAAAUAGAAAGUCCAAGUUGCAAAACAAAAUGAAUAAACCCGAUGAUGUUUGGUAGAUGGUUUUGAGGUGUUCUUGCAUGUAAUGUUCUGCCAUGAAAACUGACAUCACCGUUAUUCUAAACAUGCUAAGAUUGCUGCUUCUUUCUAA